AUGGAGGCUAAAGUUAUCGAGAAAGAAGUUGAUCCUAUUAACAAUAAGGAAGUAUCAAAUGUGACCAAUGUUCUUGAUUUUUUAUAUAUUUGUCAAAAACUCAAGCAAACGAAACGCACUGGAUGGUUGAAUCAUGGAAUCAAAAAUCCGGAAUCGAUUUCUGAUCACAUGCAUCGAAUGUCUAUAUUAGCCUUAUUGUGUAAUGAUGAUUCUCUGGAUCGUGAUCGUUGUGUCAAAAUGACUGUCGUACAUGAUUUGGCAGAGAGCAAAGUGGGAGAUAUCACUCCAUUGGAUGGGAUUAGUAAAGAAGAGAAACAUCGAUUGGAAGAGGGAGCAAUGCGCCAUCUAUGCACAGAUCUAUUAGGCAACACUCCACAAUCAAAAGAGAUCUUUGAGUUAUGGCAAGAGUACGAGAAUGCGGAAACAGCCGAGGCUUUAUUCGUCAAAGAUCUGGAUAAAUUUGAGAUGUUAUUGCAGGCUUUCGAGUAUGAAAAAUCUGAUAAAAAAGAUCUGACGGAAUUUUUCGAAUCAGCCAGUAACAAGAUUCAACAUCCGCUAGUAAAGCGAUGGGCAAACGAGUUGUACGUGCAGCGUGAAGAGUAUAAGAAAAAACAAAAUCAUUGGGUGUUGAAUCAACAGAUAAUUAAUUAG